AUGGGAGCUUGGGGAUAUGAUCUGUUCCAGAGUGACACAGACCUUGACACUGUGAACAUGCUCAAUGAUGCUGCCGACCUCGACAAGGAUCUGGUCCAGCAGCACCUUGAUAGUGGUGUUCUCAUGCGCAUGAUCAACGACCUCCGAGGCAAAGGACAGGGCAAUGCACUCUGUCUACUCAUCGCGUGCGCCAUGCAACUUGGCUGCAACAUCCCAGACUGGUGCUGUCAAGAGCUCACCCUGGUCUACAAGAAGUGUCGUCUUCCACCUGAUGGCGAGAGCCUCGACCUUACGGUCAGCACCGGGAAUCCCUUCUACAAGGAAUCCGAGAUCUUCUGGAUGAGACUCGAAGACGUUCCUGCCGGCGAAGAGAUCACUCAGCAAAACACCACCAUCGAACGCGUAUAUGGUGACUUCAACCACCCCGUCGACAUUUGUGGAAAUUGCGCUGGCCAACAGUGUGAUGAUGGUAGCAAGCUGAAGCGCUGUGCAGGCUGCAAGGAGAGACUGUACUGCUCCAAGACCUGCCAAAAGGCCCACACCCCCAAGCAUUCCUGUCUCUGUCCAGGCUUCAGAAAAGCUCACGAAGAGCAGCCCGAAGAUGCCUGUGGCCCGUGUGGUGCGAAGCAAGCAAAGGACGGAAGCGCUCUGAAGCACUGUGCACGCUGCAAGAAGAGAAAUUACUGUUCUGUCGAGUGCCAGAAGGAGCACUACUAUGCUCAUGCCUCGAAGUGCAAGGCAGCAGCUGAAGAGGCCAAGGAAAAGAGUGAGGGCAAUGGUGGCCGUGUCAAGGGUCUGAACGUUCUUCAGACUUGGUAG